AUGGAGUCUCUCUCCCGUGCUUCCAUUACUAACCCCGGGACCCUGUCUCCCACAUCCUCUUCCGCCUCUUAUUUUCUGUUUCCUCGACGUUUUCGCCGUUCCAAUGGUUUCUCCUCGUUCUCGGGGAAUCUACGCAGAAUUGUGAGCAGGGGCCGAGUUCGUGCUGAAAUUGAGAAGCCGAACGCUCGGGAGAUCGAUUUCAGUGAUCCAGAGUGGAGGAUCAAGUAUCAGAAGGAUUUUGAGCGCCGUUUCAAUAUUCCGCACAUCACUGAUGUCUUCCCCGAUGCCAAGCCGAUUCCUUCAACGUUUUGUCUGCGAAUGAGGACUCCUGUGUCUGAGGAUUUCGCCGGCGGUUAUCCUUCUGAUGAGGAGUGGCAUGGUUACAUCAAUAAUAACGACAGGGUCCUUCUCAAGACCAUAAAUUUCGCAUCCCCCAACUCAGCUGGAGCAGUGUGCAUUGACCCUGACUGUACCUGGGUUGAACAAUGGGUUCACCGUGCUGGACCUCGGGAGAAGAUUUACUUCAAACCUGAGGAAGUUAAGGCUGCUAUUGUUACUUGUGGUGGAUUGUGUCCUGGCCUCAAUGACGUCAUCAGACAGGUUGUCAUCACACUUGAAAUAUAUGGUGUCAAAAGUAUUGUGGGGAUCCCUUUUGGUUAUCGUGGAUUUUCUAACAGUGACUUGAGUGAAAUGCCACUAUCAAGGAAAGUGGUUCAGAAUAUCCAUCUUUCUGGUGGAAGUUUGUUGGGAGUUUCACGCGGAGGCCCCAGUGUCAGUGACAUUGUUGAUAGGAUGCAGGAAAAGGGAAUCAACAUGAUUUUUGUACUAGGUGGGAAUGGUACACAUGCUGGGGCGAACGCCAUACACGAAGAGUGCCGUAAAAGAAAGCUGAAGGUAGCUGUAGUUGGGGUACCAAAGACCAUAGAUAAUGACAUUUUAUUGAUGGAUAAAACUUUCGGUUUCGAUACUGCUGUAGAAGAAGCACAAAGAGCAAUAAAUUCUGCUUAUAUUGAGGCUCACAGUGCCUAUCAUGGAGUUGGAAUCGUGAAAUUAAUGGGACGUCACAGUGGUUUUAUAGCCAUGCAUGCAUCCCUUGCUAGUGGACAGAUUGAUAUUUGCUUGAUCCCAGAGGUACCGUUUCAAUUACAUGGACCUCAUGGUGUCUUGACGCAUCUCAAAUACUUGAUUGAGACAAAGGGAUCCGCUGUGGUCUGUGUGGCCGAAGGAGCUGGACAGAACUUGCUUCAGAAAACCAACGCCACGGAUGCAUCUGGAAACAUGGUACUUGGUGACAUUGGCGUACAUAUCCAACAAGAGACGAAGAAGUACUUUCGGGAGAUUGGCGUCCAUGCUGAUGUUAAGUACAUCGAUCCAACAUAUAUGAUUCGUGCAUGCCGUGCAAAUGCAUCAGAUGGAAUUCUAUGCGCUGUUCUUGGACAAAAUGCUGUCCAUGGCGCAUUUGCAGGAUACAGCGGGAUCACAGUGGGGAUAUGCAACACCCAUUACGUCUACUUCCCAAUUCCUGAAGUCAUCGCUUACCCGAGACCCGUAGAUCCCAACAGCCGCAUGUGGCAUCGUUGUUUGACCUCCACAGGGCAGCCCGACUUCAUCUAA